CGUCGUUGCUCGUUGCUACGAAAGUUGACCACUAUUAUUAUGGUCCCCCUCGAUCUCCAUGUGUACGACGGUGGUUCGGCUGGCGUCGUCACCGCCCCAUAACCUACCGUACUUUGCUUACUAUAAACUCCACUGGCUUGUUUUCCUUAUAUUCAUUGUCAAGGCACGGCCUGCUCGUGAAACUGUUUCAACCGCAGCUUGCAGGAGCAGGAUAUCUCCUUCCUCGACACGGACAGUCUUGUGUGUCCGGUUGUCCUAUUAUUGACCUUGGUUUGAUCUAACGACCCGUUAUGCCCCCAGUUGUGUUGUUUUUAAUUGCUUAAUCGUCCUUGAAAUUGAACAAAUCGACAUUCCGCCCCGCAUUCCAGCAACAACUUUGAAAUCACAUCGACAGACAGUAAGGGAAUCACAGAUAAGAAUAUUACAUCAUCACCAUGCCGUCGCAUGAAAGGGAAGGUUCGCGCGACCGCGAACUGGUCGUCAGACAUCACCAACACUCGCACUCAGAAAGUGGUCGAUCCUCGGUUCCUAUGUGGGACAGCUCAGAUCCAGAUAGAGCUCCUCCCCCUCUCCCUCUCAACCCUGGUGGCAGCCCGACUACGCGAUCAAAUGUAUCGCCCAACAUCCAGGCUGUUGCAGCAGGUCUAACCGAGAAGAUGCGUGAAAAUGCUCCCAGUUCAUACACGACCAACCCGAUGCCGUUGAAGCCAACGUCGCCGGAGAAGUCGCUCAUCAAGGGGCAGUAUCACAAGCGGAUGCAGAGUUUCGCGCAGCAGAGCGGUGACCCUCGAGCGGAGUUUCGCAGCUACCUGGAGAGUCGGUCUCCCGAGAGGCCGUCGCGCGCAUCUGUCUUCGAUAACGCUGAUAAAGCAGUGGAGAAGACUCCCACCCGGCCGGGCUCGUCAAACCGGGACUCAGACAACGAGACUCCGUCAUUCCGGAUAUCCAACCGGUUCCUGUCAAAGCCCAUCCUGGGAGAGAAUACACCUCCAUCUGCUACGAUGUUGGCUCUCCAGAACAUGAAGCUCCCAGGCGAGAACGAGCCUGCGCCUUCGAAUGGCACGAACACAUCUGGGGGUAACAGCAGCAGCAGCAAUAACAGCAGCAGCUUACCCAGCCAGACGUUCGAUGCUCUUUCAACACAGAUCUUGAGUCUCACCAGUAUUGCAACCAACCUGCAGCGAGAGAUGGCCCAGUUGAGCCGCCGUAGCAAGGACAAUGCUACGGAUCUGAUCAGUCUCAAGGCGGCCACUAAUGCCCGAGAUGAGGACAUCAGGAAGAGCCUCCGCGAGCUGGCAAACAACAUAAGCUCAAAGCUCCUGGAUCCGGAAGCAGCAGGAAGUUCCCCAAGCUCAAGGAAAAGCUACACGCUUCCCCGAAUACCCACUCCGAAUAGUUUUGCCGCCGCCAUGGAGAGGGAAUUGUGCGGGUCUCCCGCGCCUAUCUCGGAUGGUUCCGCCAGCAUUGCUCUCCUGGAGAAGGUUUUGCGUGAAAUGGCUACGCAAGAGGGACAGGAGAAGCUGAUCGAGCUUGUGGAUGAGAUCAAGUCCAGGCCAACGAAGAAUGAAGCUGACAAGGACGCCGAUAAGACGAUAACCAAGAUGCUCGAGGAGAUUCUUAACCUGGUAAAGGACGAAUCUGGAACCCGUGCUCUUGUUCGCUCGAGGGUCGUGGCAGGCCUAAGCGACAAUCCUCCUCAACCAGGUAGCCGAUCAAGAUCUCUCUCCCCCUCUGUCCGGCCAGCCGGCUCCGGACUCGAGGGUAGGAUCCAGGUCCAUUCCGGAGAAGGCACUCUUGAUGGGAACUCGUUGACACCCGGCAACAAUGUUCUGCCUGGAGAAAUAAUGGAUCUCCUAAAGAGGCUGAAGAACAGCGUGGUCGAGGGAGGAGGUCUCACCAACGAAGUCAAGGCCCUCGUCCGGGAACUACGUGGUGAGGUUCUGGGGAUGGGCAGAGACAUCGCCCGAAAGCUCGAAGAAGCUGAGGCUUUGCGAACGGCGGAGGCCGGACAGCCAACGGGCCCAAACAAAGAGGAGAUUGCAGCCAUCGUGGAAAAUAGUCUCGCGGAAUUGAGAGAGCACAUGACGUACAUGAUUCGAGAGAACCGAAGAGAAUCGUUGUCGUCUGAGGUCUCUCGAGGAAGUGUAGACAGCACUGAUGUCUACAACGCGGUGAAGAACGCUCUGUCCGAAUUGCCAUUGUCGCAACUGGCAGCUUCUGAGCCUCCAUCAUCUGGAAUAGAGAAGGAAGACAUACUUGAGGCCGUUAGGGAAGCCUGGGAAACCUACAAGCCAGAGAUCGAACUUCAAAAUUUCGGAUUGGAACGCGACGAGAUUCUCGAAUGUCUCUCCGAAGGCUUGAAAGCCUACCAGCCGCGACAUGAGCCAAGCAUCACAUACGACCAAAUGGUUGCUGCAGUCGAAGCGGGCCUGAAAAGCUUCACACCCCCUAUGGUAGACGCUCAACCAAAUAUCACCAGGGACGACAUCAUCUUGACCAUCCGUGAAUGUCUCGAGAGCAUCGAACUCCCUUCACCUCAGCCGUCCGACAGAGAGCCUUCCCUCACGCGCGAUGAUAUUCUGGCAGCAGUCUCAGAGGGUAUGGCUGGGCACAGUGGUCUCACCCGAGAAUUGCUAGAAUCAGGAAUAACGCGCGACGACGUGCUGGGUGCGGUGACUGAUGGUCUUGCUGCUCACCACGCGGCUGUCAAGGACAUGGGCUAUUCGGAACCACACAUCACCAGAGACGACAUUGUAUACGCAGUAAACGAAGCAUUUGCUGCGCAGAACACUGCCCUGACGACCAAUGUACAGCCAACUAUCUCGCGUGAAGAGAUCUUGGAGACAAUCGCAGGUGCACUUGCCAAUCAACCAUCCACGGGCAAGGACAUCGAGCUGAACAAGGAGGACCUUCACGAAGCAGUCCGAUCAGGCCUUCAGGAAGUCGCCCAUGAGACUAAGUUCAACGUUGGCGAGGAAAUUCUGGACCGUCUGCACGAUGUCCUCGAAGGGAUGAAAGAUGAGUUCAAACAAUAUUCCGCUGCAAACGGCCGAGACACAGAGCAGGUACUCGAUGCCAUGAAAGACGGCCUCGAGGUCCUCCGAGGAGAAAUUGAGUCCUACGUUGAUCGUGCCUCUGAUGUUACAGGCAAGGACGAGAUAAUCGAUACGGUCAAGGAAGGGUUCAGACUACUCCAAGCUGAUAUGGAGAGGACGAUAACCGAAACUGCUGUUAGUGCGAUUGGAGGCCACAAUCCUGAGACGACAGAUCUCCUCGAUGCGAUGGAGAAAGAGUUUGAGCACCUGCGACAGACCCUCGGCAGUCUCCUGAUCCGCAAUACCGGGUCGAGUGAUAAAGAAGAGAUCCUGGACGCAAUUCGCGAUAUCACGGAUAACCAGAGAGCACCUGACAGUUCUAGUAUCGUCAACCCUCUCAAGGAGGAGUUCGAGCACCUUCGUGAAACUAUCGCCAUGAGCAUGGUGCGGUCAGAACCGUCUGCCGACAAGGACGAGAUCCUAAGUGCUAUAACUUCUCUCAAGGACGCGUUCCAGACGAUGCAAGAUGAGACUUCGCAAAGACGGGAUGGCAACGAGAGCAUCUACUCCAGCACUGGCGAGCUACUUGACGCUUUCCACGAUGGAGUCGAUGUAAUCCGUGCCGACCUGGAUAGGAUAUUGAACAAACCUUCCGAGAACGACAGCAAUGAGAUUCUGGAGACUUUAAGAGAAGGCAUGGCAGGAAUAAAGGCAGAGAUGGAAUCUAUUCGCGAGUCACAGAAGGAAUUCGAGGAGGCCAAUACGAGUCGUGGCAGAGAGCUCAUGCUUGCCAACGAGGGCUCCAUUGGCAGUGAUAUUGAGGGCCUGAAAGUGCUCAUUACGCAGCUUCAGAUCAAGGUCGAGGCUAUGGAACCACCUACCGCUGCAGAGCCCGCAGAAGAUGCUUUGAAGAGAGAGGACCUGAACGAGGUCUUGGCCGCCGUGCGGGAGGUCCAGGGAUCAGUGGCAGAAGCCAGCACCCGGGACCUGCCAAUGGAUGAUACCCUCGCAAAGAAGGAAGACACAGAUGCCAUCGAAACCUUGCUGCAGAACACGAAGGCCAAGAUCGAUGAGAUCGUUCUCCCGGAUCCGGACGAAAUCGCCAAGACAGAGCAGCUCUCCGCAGUCGAGGCUCUUCUCAAAGAGACCAAGGAGGCUGUCGAUGACUUCGCCGCUCGCAUGGAGGCUGAAGGCUCAACCAAAGCCGACAUCGGUACCCUCGAGGCUCUCCUGAAGGACAUCUGGGCCUCGAUUGAAGAAGUCCAGAACAAGGUGAAGCCUUCCGAGGAGUCUUCUGAAGAGGACACGGAGAAGCUUGUUAAAGCGGACCUGCAGACAGUUGAGGCUAUGAUAUUCCAAGUCAAGACCCAGAUUGACGAGCUUAAGCUCCCUGAUGUAGAGACUCUACCAACAAAGGCUGAGAUCCAGGAACUCAACGAGCUUGUUGCCGGUUUUAAGGAGACGGUCGAGGCCGAAAAUGAGCUUACUGCGCAAGCCUUCGAGGCACGGAAAGUUGAACACGGUGGCCUUGCGGAGAAGAUCGAAGAGGCCAAGUCCGUGGUCGAUGAGCUUCGCGAAGAGCUCACCAGUAAGCUCGACGGCAGCAAUGGAGGCCUCUAUGAACUGAAGACGCUCCUUGAAGGAUUAGCGUCUUCCGCAGAGUCAUUUAGCACUGUUGAGAGCAUUAAGGAGCUUACUGACCUCAUUAACAACGAAUUUGAGCGAGUGCGCAAUGACCACGAGGCCACCAAGGUUGAGACAGAGGAGCGAGAUGCGGGGAUCAUGGUUAAACAGGAUGAAGUUCGGGCAGCUAUUAUCGUUGAGCUUGGCACCAAGAUUGACGAGAAGCUGGGCGAAGUCCUUGGCAAGUAUGACGAGGCACAAUCUACGGUGCAGUCGAAGUUCUCUGAGAUCGAAGACCGAGACGCGGCCAACAUCGAGGCACUCACGAGCACCAAGGCUGUUGCCGAGGAUAUCAGACUCGUUAUCGGCGCCAUGGGCAAUAGUGUCAAUGAAGCCUGCGAACGGAUAACUGAAGACGCCAGGACAUUCUUCGAAAAGGUGGAUGAAUCCUACAAGAAGAUGGAAGAGAUGCAUAACGAGGUGAAGUCAACUCAGGAGCAAGCCAAGGCGGAACUAGAGAAGACAUCUGCGUCUACGGACCGGGUUCAGACAGAACUGCAAGAGUAUCACCCUCAGAUCCUGAACACCAUCAAGGAUAUCUUGUCUAUUGUUGGCCAGCAUUACGAACAUUCUCAGAAGUCCACCGAGGAACUGAAGAAUGAUCUCUGUACCAUCCCUAACGCCAUCACUCCGCUACUGCCUGCGUUGCCGCCGCCUGUAGAGAUCCCUCCGCCGGAGAAAUACGAUGACUCUCAAGUGCAUGAGAAGCUCGACACCUUGCUUAACCACAUCUCAACCGCAAGCGCGUCCACUGCUCAGAUGGAGAAGCUUGACGCGAUCCAACAGCAGGUGAUGGCAGCAUCUCAGCAGAUGAACGAGAUGUUUACUUUCCAGACCAGGCUCAUCGAAGAGGAUAAUGAGAGGAAGAGACGUGAGGCAGACGAAGCCGCCGCCGCUCUCGAAAGGAGCAUCGCAGACAAAGUGAAGGUCGAGGCAGAAAUUCUGGGUCUCCACGAAGAGAAAGACUCCCUCCUGAGCGUUAUCCAAGCGCUCAAGCAGGAAAAGGAAGAUCUCACCAAGCAGAAUCAUAAACUAUCCAAGGAGCUCUCCGGUCUCGAAACCGCUUUGGAGAUUCGCCAUGAAGAAAUGCAAGUCAUGGAAGACCGGGCCGAAUCGCUAGAGAGAAGGAUUUUGGAGGGUGUCCUAGACCACGCCAGGAGUCUGCUCAUCCGGCCAAGCACCACACGGCACAUGAACCUGAAGAGAGUCCCUAGUGCUGCGAGCACUGCCACCAAGGCCAGUCGCGCCAGUACCGUCAACACUUUCAAGGACAACAAUAGCAUUGUCAGCAGCGGUGUCGGGAUGGCUCUGAAGCGACGCAGCGCAGUGAAAACCCGAUCCGGAUCAACCGUCUCACCUAACCCCGGCAAGGAAAGGCGAAUUCUUAGUUUGAGUCAUGUUACUGGCAACAGGGGCCUGACCGACCGGCAGAGCAUGCUCUCCCAGCUUCCCAACAGUGGGAUCAGCAAUAUGAAACGGAGUCACUCGGUAAAGUCGAACGCCGCAUCCCGGAAAGCUUCCUGGGGGGCUCGGAGCUCGACAGGAAACAAAGAGAACGAGAUCUUCCACGAAGAGGACGAGAACCAGUCGGGCGACGAGAGUGACACCGGAACUGAGAGACGCACUAGCUAUGCGGGCACCUAUACUGACAGUAUGAUGUAUGGCACCGGCAGUGCCUUGUCAGCCGACCGCAAGGUCAGCUACGCCAGCUCAACAAACGGACUAGUUGCUGAGCACGAGGGUUCCGUUCUUCCAGAUACCCGGGACCACGGGGACGAGAAACAGCAUGAGGAUCAUGAAGCUCAUGACGCUGGUGAGGAAAAGGAGGACCAGCACGAUGAUCACGAGGCCAGUGAUAGCGAAGACGAUGCGGUCGAACGUGACGGAAAUGCCGACUAUGCUGACGCUCAUUCUACCGUUGGUGACGAGGAGGCUUCUGAUGAGCACCCUCGUGGAUUCGACGAGAAGGGACUCCCCGAACUGGAACCUCCACCCAAAAUCGGAGAUCUGGCUCAUCAGAAUGACAGCGGUCUCGGAACGGACAUCCCGAGCGGAGCGAGCGCAAACGGAGACUAAAGGUCUACGUUGUAUGCAGUGAAGGUGAAAAGAAAUCAUCAGUGAUAGCACCCACAUGUUCCGAAGCCAUGGUUAUGUUUCUUCGUAUAUGAGCGUUUCGUUCUGUUUGAUGUCGGAAAGUUGAGCGCUGGAGUGUGGAGUGAAACGGGGUUUCUGCUUUCUGGCGUCUCUGUCAUUCGUUUGUUGACGAAUUUCUUUUGUGUUGCGUUCCUUGAUUUGAAUUCCCUUUGUUUUUCCCAGAUACUCCACGAGGUACAUGCAAUACGAGUCGAUUGAUGCUAGAUAUGCACAGAAAAGAGAAUGAG